AUGGUGAAUGGAGAGGGUUCCGUACUGGUGACGAAUUAUUCGGUGGAUCCCACUCCUGCAGAGGUUCUUCAACAAGGUUUCUAUAAUUCAACCAUUAAGGCUGCGAACAAGAUGGGAACGAAGGGAGCCUUUGGAAGUAUCUUUUAUUUAAUUAAUGGUACUUUGGCUCUUCCUUAUGGUUCCAUGAUUUAUGAUCCAACUCUGUUUGCGAAAUUCAACAUGACCAACAACAAACAAGGAAAGGCGUUGACUCCUCAAGGAAUUUAUCGGUGCACCAUUCCAUUGAUUCUUCUCUCCAACUUUUUACAAAAAGUUUCUGUCUUUCAGAGAGGUUAUGUGUUGAUUACGGAAUUUAACAGCACGGUGAGUGUGGAUGGAAGUAUCAACACGACGACAGCCGAUAGGAAAAGUACAUUAAGUAUCUUUGAUAUCACUGAUCGAGAUGCAGGAGUUUUGAUGAAACAAAUUUAA